AUGAAUUUGCUCGAGAAGGUCGGCGAUUUCAUUGCAAAAAGAGGUGAAGACCUACAUCAGCAGAUUUCUGGCAAGCGCGUCUUCUCCGCGCACAUCACCAAUGCCACAAAGAAGGUCUUGGAAGUGCAGGGCAAGCCGACGGUGAGCUAUGGAAGGUGCAGCCACUUCUCCAAGCUUCCUCCAGGCGAGGCAGGCACCAUCAAGUUCGAACACGACGGCGAGCAUGGCGGUGCCUUCGAGUUCACUUUAGGAAGGGAUCGCUUCUUCCUCGGGCAGUACAUGCGUGCUAGCUACUCCUCCCUUUUCGGCCAAGACCAAUUUGUUCUGGAGUUUGGUGACAAGACCUUGAAGCAGUUCUACCUCGGGAUGCCCCAGCACUUCAUGGGGUUGCCGAACCGCGGCGUCUCGCGGACGGAGGGUUUGGAAAACACCGCCAUCGUAAGGAAGGCCACGUGCUCCACCAACUCCCAGGUGGAGGUGCUCCUGGCGCCGGCACUCAGCCUCCACAUCUUCGAGGAGCUGGACGAGCUGGAUGGUUUGCAGCAGCUUGCCGUGGCGGAGACAUGCGAAUUUGCGAAGCCGGAGCUCUUGAGCGGCGCCUUGUUCAUUGAGGAGUUUCAUUGCCUGCGAGACGGGCUCGCGCACAGCUCGCUGCAUGAGCAAGCUUUGGCCCUGGAUCUUCUCAUCGGGGCUAUGAUCGCCAAUGGAUUGUGUGGCUCCGCAAGCCAGAGGGCCUCGCAUCUUUGGCAAGAAAGCCGAUCCCGAUUUCCUCCGCAAAGCGGCAAGAUGUCACCUUAUCGCUUUUAUGCCAGCCUCUCCAAAGAAGUACUGGAGUCCCAUGCUGAUGUGUGCCACAGCCUUUUGCGAAGCAGUGCUUUGAGAUGCGCUGAGCCAGUUGUCGCUUUCUGCAAGUCGCAACGACGGUGGCCUCCGCCAGCAAACGUUGGGCUAAAGACUGCGGAGGGUGCCUCUCAUGCAAAGAUCGGUUUCGAUACGAACGAUGCCAUCUUAUGCAAUCAUUUGCAAAGUACCGCUGACACGAAACUGCGGGGAAGCGUCUGCAGCGGACAGACCUCUGAAUCGGCUGACAAGUUCCUUCAAGAGCUUGUCCGCUCGUGUGUUGACGCCUCAUGCCGGGCAUCUAUGACAAGGAGUCGUCUCUUCGGACGGCUACUCGAGACUUGCAGUCCGGAAGCAGCCGGCCCUCUCAGAGAAUAUUUGGGCGCGCACCCGCUCUCCAGAAGAUGUUGCUCCCUGAAACAGUCCGGGAAGUCAGAGGCAACUCAUUUCGAGGUGUUUUGCGCAGAGCUUUUCGACAACCUUGAUCCGCACACUCGUGCGCAGACCGUGGUAGCGUCGCUCGGCAGCAGCUCAGGAGACUACAGGAGCCUGUCUACGAAUUCAAAAUCUGGUGAGUUUUUCUUCCUUUCCCAAGACAAGAAGUACUUGGUCAAGACUAUUUCAGAGGAUGAAGGCCUGGUCCUUUUCCGGAUGUUGCCAGGAUACCAGAAUCACAUCCAUUCCACGCCAACCUCACUGAUCGUUCGCUUUGCCGGCCUAUACAGUGUGACAGUCGCAGGUGGCGGGCUACGUUAUUUCAUCAUUAUGAAAUCUGUUUUUGAUCCAGCCGUAGAGAUUCACUCCCACUACGACCUAAAAGGCUCUCUGCACCACCGGAAGAAGAAAGACGAAUCCACAGGCAAAGAUGAGGACUGGAUUCAAGACAAGAUGCAGCUCAGCCCAUCAGAACGCAAAAGGCAGGAGAUGUUAGAGGCUCAUGAAGCUGAUGUCCAGUUCCUUCAGGAACAUGGCGUCAUGGAUUAUUCCGUCUUGGUCGGGAUCCACAAUGUUGCCCAAGGGCAGGCUGGUCCUCUAGCGAGUUCAACGAGUGCAGGGACACCUUCUCUUUGUGGUACCAAAAUCUACUUCCUUGGGCUCAUCGAUUUUCUAAUCAACUUUGGGCUGCGCAAGCAGGCCGAACAUCUACUGCGGGCCGCCCAGGGGCAUGGGCAGUCAACGUCCUGUGUCCAUCCCUCAGAUUAUGCUGCGCGGCAGGCGAGGUUCCUGCGGAGUAGUGUUUUCUCAAAGCCGGACGUGGACAAGGGAACAGCCGGCUGCUUGAGAGUCCUGGUCGUAUCGGCCCGAAAGCUUCGAAAUGCCGAUCUCAUGAGCAAGUCGGACCCAUAUGUCUCGGUCCAUCUGGGUCUACAGAAAGCUGCCACACCAACCAUACAAGAUGAUCUGAACCCAACCUGGAAUUGCUCCUUGACGUUGCCAGUGAACACCAGCCAUCUGUCGGAUGAGAUUCUUUUCAAGGUCUGGGAUGAGGAUCACAUACGUGCGGCGCAGGGCAGCGACGACAGUUUGGGUUUGCUCCGGUGCCCCUUCCAUCGCUUGUUGAGGGAAGGCGGCGAAGUUGACAUAAAGCAGAAGCUGGAGGAGACUACAACUGGCGAGCUGCACGUGCAGAUCCGCUUUGAGCCACACCGAUCGAGCGGCGGCUACCCAUGCAGCAGCCCAUCCGAAGCCGUUGUGUGGGAGUUCUCAGUGAGCCAUGGGUUCCAGAGCUUUGAUGAUCCGUGUCAGCGACACGUGGAAACCAUGUACCAAGGUUUUCUACGAGGAGGGGCCAGGAACGUCUCUGUCACAUCCGGCGGAGUUGAAGUCUUCCUCGAUUUCGCAGAGAUGAAACAAGUUUCUCGAGGGGGCCGCACGAGGCAAAUUCGACGGCGGGCUGGCUGA